AAAAAACGAGUAAAGUACUGCUUCUUGCAGUUGCCAGUCUUAAUCUUUCUAGAUAAUACCUUUUCUAAGCUCUUAACAAACAAACAAAAAAAAAUACACCGUAGAGGUAAUCCUAAUUUUCAUUUUUUUGUUUGUUUGUUAAUUCUCGUAUUGAAAUGAAGGAACUCAAUUGGUCUCAUUUGACGUUUUUGCAGCCUUACACUUUUGUUAGAAGUAGCUAAAAAUGUUAACAACGAAAUAGCUUAUCUAAACGAUUCAACCUCAUAGAUCAGAGGGCCGAGAACACCAAGGGUAAGUGGCUAUAUAUAUGGCAUCAACCUUCUUUGUGCUUCUCAGGCGUAAUGAUUCAACCCCAUCUCUUCAAUAUGAGGUUACAAUGUUAAUGGCUUUGACCCCGACGCAAACAAUUAAUUAAUAUAUUCGUCUAAGAACUCAUCAAAAAUCAGUUAAAAAAAAACUCAUCAAAAAUUUAAUACUUUUUUAUAUUUUAGAUAGGUUUAUAUUUGAGAACGUUUCAACCGCUUUUGCCAGUGGGUCCUCACGCACGCCUGUUCACUCGGACAUGUGGGCUCUACCACCUAGUCGACGACCGGUUUGCUAAAUUUUGAAGGCUUUCGAAAACUUUUUCAUUGACCCUUUAAAUACAUAUGCAAAUCUUUUUCUAAUAGGGUCAUUUAUCCUUUAAAUACUGUAUCUCAAGCACUAUUAAUUUUGAAGUUCUAUUUGGACAAAUGAUUAAAAAGAAAAGUGCAUUUUGGUGAUAUAUGUAAUCAAAUCAAAUUAUAUUAAGCUUUUCGUAUAUAUACUACCAAUCGGAAACGUAACAACAUUAGUGUUAAUUGUUUGGGUUGAAAGGAUGCAAAUACAUAUCCGUUCUUUUGAACUCGUUAUUAGAAUGCAUCAUAUGCUCGCAUGUGAUGAAUCCUUAGAAUUCAAUCCGGGCAGGGUGAAUUCACGGUUCCUUAAUAUCGUGAUCCACUGUCUACAUCCACUUGGGUUCAUUCACCCCUUCUGUAUUGUCUUUACACUCAAUCUAUAUUUUCUUGAAAAAAAAAUUAUAUAGAGAUUGGUACAAGUUGUUAAUUAGAGUUUGUACUAACCUUGGAAUGACCCACUUGACGUUCUAAGCGGCGGAGAAUCACAUCCAUGCACAUGCCAGUUACCGUAGGCAAACAAAUAGACAUUGCUAUUAGAAUUUCUAUACACUUUCAAAUUAUAAAAUAUAUGGAUGGUACGUCCUAUCAAGAAAAAGAAGACGAAAAUGCUAAUUAACUAUAGAACUAGUUAACAAUUUUUUUUAAAAAAACUAGGGUUAUUUUCUACAAAAAUUGUUAUCUUCUUUUCACUUGCAAUUAAAGUAAUAGUUUUAUAAUUGAGACUUCUCAUUACUUUAUCUUCUGUUUAGACCAAAUAGAUCUAGCUAAUGUUUGCUUAAUAGUGAUAAAGUCAUGAUAACACUUUUAUAUAUCAGUUUACUUCACUAUAAAACUACAUUUUAUGUAUGUACUUUAAAAAGAAAAGUCAAUUCUCCAAUGUCAAAGUUUCCCAGAACCACUAGCUAACCUCGCAUGCAAAUAACGCCUAUAUAAGUGAGACCCAAGCAUACACUCCUCAUACCUACUCAUAACACAAACAAUAUAUUUUCCUCUUACACACAAACAUCAAAGAAUCAAAAUUUUGAUAAUGAAUACUUUCACAGCCACAUCAGUUCUAAUCGUUGCGAUUAGCGUUUUGCUUAUUGCAUCCAGCGUUCAAAGCACUGAACAGCAAGACUUCAUAAACACUCACAACGCCGCACGUUCGCAGGUUGGAGUACCGAACCUUGUAUGGGAUGCAACAGUCGCGAGCUACGCACUGAACUACGCAAACGCUAGAAAAUCCGACUGCAACCUCGUGCACUCGACCGGACCAUAUGGGGAAAACCUAGCCAAGGGAAGUAGCAGUACGUUCUCCGCCAUAUCGGCCGUGAAUCUUUGGGUCGCUGAGAAACCUUACUACAACUACACUACCAAUUCUUGCACAGGUGGACAACAAUGCUUGCAUUACACGCAGGUGGUGUGGAGAGAGUCAGUGAAAUUAGGGUGCGGUAGGGUUCAGUGCACCAAUGGUUGGUGGUUCGUGACUUGUAACUAUGACACACCCGGCAAUUACAUCGGAGAGUACCCUUACUAAGCUUGACAUUAAUAUGAACUAUACCAUAAUUUGUAUAUGAACAAUUAUGAUUAAAGUUAAUCUGAAGUACUGCUUUUAAAUAAAACAACACUCCUUUUAUUCAGGAUGUCGUAACUUAUGAUUACACAUAAAGAGGUUGUAAGGUUUACCAGUUGUUAUUUUCCA